AUGGAAGAUGGCGCUGGACACUGGAAAGACGUCCAGGCUGUGGCUGAUCGCGUCAGAAUACGUGCAUUAGAGGCAAGUUAUCUUGCUGUCCCAAUGACCAACAAGGCUCUACGGCUUGACCAACUGCUUGAGAUCUUCCACAACCACCGCGACUUGAGAGGUCUGCCGGCGCUAUGGGGAGACGAGCUUGAGUUCCAGCUGGUCUCAUUUGACCACGCUGGACGCGCAGUAAGGUUGCUGCUCAAGCAGAGUGAAGUUCUCGAGGCAGUACAGAAGCCUCAGAGCACUGCAAAUAGGAAAAAGAAAGAACCUGAGUUCCAACCAGAGUUCGGGAGUUUCAUGGUGGAGGGCAUACCUGGGCAGCCAUACGGCGGCAGUUUGGAAUGUUUUCUGAGCUCAUGCCUGGACAAGAAUGAGGCAGUACUGUCAAUGCCUGAAUUUCCACGGAUUGGCGCACCAGGAACAUACACCGAGCCUGCCCUACCAAACAACGGUGUUGUCCUUCAGUCACAGUUCAUGCCCGAUGGGCUGCUGAGCGACUAUGAGCGAUACGGAACCAUCCACGACAAUAUGCUGCACCGCCGCCGCAAGCGUCCGACACCGUGGCCCUGGAGAGAGUCACGUCAAUUCCCGCACAAGAAUCACGCGCAGGAGAGCGACGUAAACAAGCAUGAACAAGUUGACAACUACAUAUACGCGUGUGGGCUGCAGGUGACGAUGCAGAUGAAGGACCUUGCACAAUGUCGUUACAUUCAUGACCAGCUCUGCGUACUUGCGCCCGUUAUCAUGGCAUUAUCUGCAGCGACUCCUUUCUUUCGUGGUCUUCUGACCGAUUGGGACUUGCGAUGGAACCAGGCCGCGUCGGCCAUUGAAGACAGAACGCUCCAGGAACUGCAGCCAGGAGUAAAGCGGUCACACACUCGGCCAAGAUGGUCGUCAACCCCAAUGUUUAUUUCGAGUGAUCCGAGGAUGCGAGCAGAGUACAACUCGAAUAACGUCGAAUUCGAUACCUCUAUCAAGGAGCGCCUCGAGGAAGCAGGAAUGGACAAUCUCCUGGCAUCGCACUAUGCGAACAUCCUCAGCCGGGACCCCAUCGCGAUGACGAAGAACGAAGUGAAUUCGUAUCAAGAUGUUGAGCUCUUCGAGAUUAUCCACUCCGCCAUCUGGCCGCAUGUCGAUUUCAAGCUGCCUUCAAAGGACGGGAAAGCAGGAUGGCGAGUGGAGUUCAGACCUUCGGAGAUUCAAUUGUCGGAUUUCGACAAUGCCGCCUUUGCGAUCUUCAUUAAUAUGGAGCGAGCACAUACGCGCAACGCGGUUGGCAACGAGAAGUUUUUCUUCCGGCAACAGGUGCAGGCGAAGGAUAACACGUCUCAUAAUGACAACGAAGAUGAAUGCACCGAGCUGACGGUCAACGAGAUCAUAAAUGGGAGGAUAGAGGGUUCACGGGCUGAGUCUUUUACUGGACUUCUUCCCUUGAUACAGGCGUACAUGCAGGAAACUGGUGUAAGUCCUGAGGAGGAGAAGCAGAUCACCAAAUACCUGGAUGUCGUGCGCCGUAGAGCGAAUGGCGAGCUGCUGACGCCUGCGACAUGGAUGCGACAAUUUGUGCGUGACCACAACGACUACCAUCAUGACAGCAUUGUUUCUGAGACCGUUUGCUAUGACUUGUUGAAGGUGGUGAAAGAUCUAGGGGAUGGCAAGGCUCACUCUGUGGAAGUGCUUCGAAACAAAGAAGAUCCAACAGGGCCAUAA